AUGGGUGCAGUGAACAACGUCGAAGACGUGCAGAAACUUGAAGACACCCCACUCGAGGGAGACCACGGCAGGCUGGGGACUACCGCUGAAGAGUUGCCUGUGGCGUUCUGGAAAGACUGGAAGAUCAUGGGCUCCCUUCUUGCGUUUGCGCUGGGUUAUAACUCCGCCUACUGGGUUUUCGUAAUGCCAUCCAACGGCCUGCUUGUGAUUGUCGCAGACCUCGGUGGAGGCUCAGACGCAAUCUGGAUCGCCACCGCGGGCACGCUAUGCCAGACCAUCGCUAUCGCGAUCGUCGGACGAUUAUCCGACGUCUUCGGCCGUCGGUGGUAUUUCAUCUUCUUUAACGUGCUCACUUUGGCGGGCAUGUUAUUCGCAAGCCAAGCGAAGACGGUGAGAAUGCUGGCGGGUGCGGUUGCUCUUACUGGGUUCGGCUCUUCUGCGCAGUUGAUUGGGGCCAUUGUCGUGGGUGAACUGCUGCCCAACAAGCACAGAUUCUUGGUGUAUGGGAUCAUGACUGUCCUGUUUGCACCAGUGACAGCGCUCUUGCCCGUUAUAGAUACUAGCCCAGCUAUCGGCGAAUCCAAGUCCACUGGGAUAUUAACCACGCGCCAGGGCGGAAACUCAUCACCUCGACCGGAGCUAGCUGGAGGUCGAUCUACUAUCUACACGCGGGAAUGCCGUUUGCCAUUCGAGAACCUUCAUAAGCGCCACUCGCGCCGUGAUCUCUUAAAGAACUUGGACUACGUGGGAUUCACCAUCUUUACGGGCAGUACGGCAGCGUUGUUGGUCGGGCUUUCAUGGGGUGGAUCGGCACAUCCUUGGAAAUCUGCGGCCGUCAUUGCGCCCAUCGUGCUAGGCGGGGUUGGAUGGAUAGCCUUCGUUUUCUGGGAACUUUCCGGCAUCCCCGAAGUACCCCUGAUUCCGCUGGCCAUGCUGAAUAACCGAGACUACUUUUCUCUGUCGAUCAUAUCAGCCGUCGAUGUGAUGCUCGCUUAUUCUCUCAACGUAAUCUGGCCUCAACAAUUGUCCACUGUCUUUGGAUUGGACACAACCUCAAUCGGCUGGAAUAGCUGCACCCUUACCGGAGGGCUCCUAUUGGGGCAGCUCCUCGCCGGUCUCUUGGUUCAACCGCUCGGCGAGCUGAAAUGGCAGCUUGUAGUGAGUGCAGUGUUGAUGACCGCAUUUGCUGGUGGACUGGCAGCCUUGGACGUGACUCGAGUUCAAGGGCUCGUCCUCACACUACUUGCUACCACAGCCUCGGGCUAUCUGGAAAUUGUUACACUUGUCGGUAGUCCUAUGGUCAUCAACCCGGACAUCAUGGGCAUAGCUAUUGGUGCCCAAUCAACGCUCCGCGGUCUGCUCGCAACAGUUGCAAUUACCAUGUAUUCAACGAUUCUGAGCAACGAAGCCGACAAGGGCAUCGUGAAGUAUGUGGUUCCGGCUGUUGUCGAAGCUGGACUUCCUCAAACAUCCGUCACUAGUCUUUUGCAAGCACUGGCCCUUGGCGAUCAAGCCUUGCUUGCAAAGGUGCCCGGUGUUACACAGUCGGUCAUUUUGGUCGCAGUUGCCGCAACCCGUGUGGCGUACAUGCAUGCUUUCCAGAUUGUUUACGUGUCCGCGAUACCCUUUGGAACUUGAGCUAUUGUCGCUUCACUCGUCGUUGGACGUAGAAGCUUGGAUGUUACGCUGACCUCAGAGGUCUCACGAAAAAUGCACGUCCGCAACAAGGACAGCAGUGAUGUGAAGGCGUAGAUGGAAGGGUCGGGCUUCAGAUGUGGGAUGCGGAAUCUACACCGGAAGAUGCACAAAAAGUCUGGGGGAUGCUUCGAUGCAUGGGA